GAUUUCGUUUUUGAUUCGUCUCUUCUAUCCCUAGCUCAAGUUUCAAAUCAAAUCUUGAAAGAAAUCGAAAAAUAUCUUGAAUCUCGCAACUAUCUAAUCGAGUUUUUUUUAAGGUUUGUAAUUGCAAAUGGGGUCUAAACCAGUAGAGUAUUUGAUAGAGGCUUCAUCAGGGGCACAUUUUUCUGGAUUUCACAUGGAUGGCAUGCAGGCAAGAAAUUCACAGGCGGGGCAGGCAACAACUUCAGUGACUGAAAAUGUGCACAAGCAACCUUUUGUCAUUGGGGUUGCUGGAGGUGCAGCUUCAGGGAAGACAACAGUUUGUGAUAUGAUCAUCGAGCAGCUUCAUGAUCAACGUGUUGUACUUGUCAACCAGGACUCAUUCUAUCAUAAUUUGACUGCUGAAGAACUUACAAGGGUUCAUGAGUACAACUUCGAUCAUCCUGAUGCUUUCGAUAAUGAGAAGUUAUUGUCAGCUAUGGAGAUGUUGAAGCAUGGGGAAGCAGUGGAUAUUCCAAAAUAUAAUUUCAGGAGCUAUAAGAACAACGUCUCUCGAAGGGUGAAUCCUUCAGAUGUCAUAAUUUUGGAAGGCAUACUAAUUUUUCAUGAUCCCCGUGUACGUGAUAUGAUGAACAUGAAGAUCUUUGUUGAUACAGAUGCUGACGUGCGCCUGGCAAGGAGAAUAAGGCGUGAUACAGGCGAAAAGGGACGAGAUAUUGGUAUGGUACUUGAUCAGUACUCAAAGUUCGUAAAGCCUGCUUUUGACGACUUCAUACUUCCAACAAAAAAGUAUGCCGACAUCAUAAUACCUCGUGGAGGAGACAACCAUGUAGCUAUUGAUUUGAUUGUCCAACAUAUUCGGACAAAACUUGGUCAACAUGAUCUUUGUAAAAUAUAUCCUAAUUUAUACGUCAUCCACUCAACCUUUCAGAUACGUGGAAUGCAUACACUUAUACGUGAUGCUCAAACAACAAAACAUGAUUUUGUCUUUUAUGCGGAUCGUUUGAUCCGUUUGGUUGUUGAACAUGGUUUGGGACAUCUACCAUUUACAGAAAUGCAGGUGAUAACUCCAACCGGGUCGGUAUACACAGGCGUGGAUUUUUGUAAGAGAUUAUGUGGUGUUUCUGUUAUUAGGAGCGGUGAGAGUAUGGAAAACGCAUUGCGAGCAUGUUGUAAGGGGAUCAAGAUCGGAAAGAUUCUUAUUCAUAGAGAAGGCGACAAUGGCCAACAGUUAAUAUAUGAAAAACUGCCACAAGACAUAUCCGAUAGGCACGUGUUGUUGUUGGAUCCUAUACUCGGAACAGGCAAUUCCGCGGUUCAGGCUAUAUCUUUGCUUCUAAAGAAAGGGGUACCAGAGGGCAACAUCAUAUUCCUGAAUCUAAUCUCUGCACCACAAGGAGUGCAUGUAGUCUGCAAAAGAUUUCCAAGAAUAAAGAUAGUGACAUCAGAGAUAGAAACAGGGUUGAACGAAGAGUUCCGUGUGCUUCCGGGGAUGGGAGAGUUCGGUGACAGAUAUUUUGGGACUGACGAUGAAUGAAGUUGUUUUCGGAAGACGGUGUGGUCUGCUCGAGAUUGGUUUUGGUUUUGGUUUUGGUUUUGGCUUUGGUUCUGGUUUAGACAUGUGUUUCUUUGUGGACUUGGUUGAGUCCUAAGUGAGUCAUGGAUGGUUGGAUGAGAUGGUUUUGGAAGGAUUUAAUAUACACAUGAUAUAUUGAUAUGUGGUAUUCUAAACACCCAUUAUAAUAUAUAAGAGUAAACUUCGUUUUUCGUCCCA